AUGGGGGAGGUGGCCACUUCGGCCCCCGUGUGGCAGAUGGAGAAGAGCAGCAAUGAAGUGACCUUUAGCUUCGGGCCCUCAGAUGCCUACAGCUACUUCACCCCAAACACUUCUGCUGCUGCUCCUGUAGAUUCUUCUGCAGCCACUGAAGUGCAGCUGCUGCAGCUGGCAGAAGCUGCUUCCCCUCCUUCUAGGUUGACUUUUGAGGAGCUGCAGCAGCAGGCUCAGCAGCAGCAGCAGCAGCAGGAACUGCAGCAGCGGCAGCCUAGGCAUUUGCACACCCUCAGAAGCAAGUCAAGACUCAUGGCUGCUGCUGCUGCUGCACUUGCGCUGCGUCCUUUCCAACGCCGCCACUCUACCUUAAGUGGCCCGCAGCCUCAAACGAAGCUUCAACAGCAGCAGCAGCAGCAGCAGGCUGCAGCAGCGGCAGAGCUCGUAGGAGGGGGAGGAAAGCAGCUUUACGCGUGGGACGAGGCGGAGCAGCAACUGCUGCAGCAGCAGCAGCACCUACAGCAGCAGCAGCAGCAGCGGUGCCGGGCUGGGUCUUCGCGAAGGCUGAAGACAUUCGAAACGACCUGGGGUCGGCUGCUCGGCAGGUGA